GAAGCAUUCAUGUCCCGCUCUUUCUCUCUCCCUCCAUCAACCUCUCUCUCUCUUCUAGAAAAUAUCUGGAGAAACAAAAAUAAAAAAGGAAUUUAUCGAGCUGCAUCUCUGGUUUCUCAAAGCUUUUGUUGACGAAGAAAUGCAGGAGCAGGCGACGAGUUCGGCUGCCGCUAGUUCUUUACCUUCGAGCAGUGAAAGAUCGUCCAGCUCCGCUCUUCACCUCGAAGUCAAAGAAGGUAUGGAGAGCGAUGAGGAGAUCCGGAGAGUGCCGGAGAUAGGCGGUGAAUCGGCGGGAACAUCGGCCUCCGGGAGGGACACCGGUUCGGUUGCGGGUCCGGACCGGGUUCAGGUGUCCCGGGAGGGUCAAAGGAAGAGAGGGAGAAGUCCGGCUGACAAAGAAAGCAAGAGACUGAAGAGAUUGCUGAGAAAUCGAGUAUCGGCACAGCAAGCGAGAGAGAGAAAAAAGGCGUAUUUGAAUGACUUAGAGAUAAGGGUGAAGGAUUUGGAGAAGAAGAACUCGGAACUUGAAGAAAGACUCUCCACUUUACAGAAUGAGAAUCAAAUGCUUAGACAAAUAUUGAAGAACACAACGGCAAGCAGGAGAAGUGGGGAGUGAGAAAAAAGAAGAAAACAGAGAGGGGGACUUGUUUGUUACAGAAGGGUGUUCAACUCUGAACAAAUAUGAUAAGUUACUGCCAAGUUUGGUAAUUUAUCUUCCUUCCAUUAUAUAUAUUUUCCCUUGCUGUUAAACUUUUUUUUUCUCUUGUUUCUAACUUCUCUUUUUUUUUUCUCUGCAAAAGGUUCUAACUCAUUUUCUUUUCCAUUGUAAAAUUAGCAAUUAGGUACUCACUGGUUCUGGUCUUGAACUGUCAUAAUGUUUAUUUUACUUCUUGAACUAGUAAUUUCAUUCAAUUUUAGGCCUACAUUCUCAUAGACUUUAGAAAUGUUUAUUUAAUUCUUUAACUUUAAAUAAGCAAUCAUUAUGGUUUUUACUUUGA